UGGGAAGUGUAUACUUUUGAUUUAUGGCACCUAUGGUCCAGGAGAGAAAACAAAACAAAAAAUACAGGAAACGGAAUUAUGUGUUCUAAAUGAAGAACAGCUUAGACAACAAAACUGGAAAGAAGUCCUCGAAAAGCUAGUGUAAUAUAGUGUAGUACGUACGUAACAUACGCGCCCUUUAAUUAGAAUGUGGGGGAAAACACCGGUAAAGGUCCUGUCUUUCCGUGACGUAAUAGCGCCCAAUAGACGAUAGGAAUUUUUGUGCUAGGUUCUCGUUAAACAUUCAUUCAUUCUGUUAAAAUAGAUGAAACUACCUUUUUCUUUCGGUUCUCUAUGCCUCUGAGUACUGAGUAAAAUUAAAGCGAAUAACUUUUAAAAUAAAUAAACAGCUUUCUCCAGUGAUGGGAGAAUAUUAUUUUUACUGAAAGUUUUAAAUGAGGUAUUGUUAGACGUGCGAGAUUUCAUAAAAUAAUAAUUUUUAUAUUUAUAGAUGACAUUUCCGCAAAAUCAAGUUAAAUUUUAAAUGAAAUGUCUAACAACAAACACAAACUGAACUAAAAUAAGAACCUAACUAAAAGGACAUCCUUAAUAUAUUUUUAAAGAAGAAGAUCACACACACACGCACACGCACGCACACACGCAUAUCACGCGCGCGCGCACACACGCAUAUCACGCGCGCGCGCGCGCACACACACACACACACACACAAUUAGUUAUAAAUAGAGACCAGUGAAACGAAAAUAAAAGUAACGUUUUACCUGUGUAUGUAAUACAACCUCAACAACAAUACACUUUUUCUAAACGUAUAACAUAACUACGCACAUACGUACAUUAUACUAACAUUUUACUGGUAAUAACAUAUGUCAGUAGACCCGCUGGUUAGUACAUGUAUAUUUAUAUAUAACUUAACUAGGUGUACACUACUCCGACAUUAUAUAGGUAAUAACGUGUCAGUAGACCCGCUGGUUACUACAUGUGUAUUUAUAUAUAACUUAAGUAGGUGUACACUACUCCGACAUUCUGAAGGUAAUAACAUACGGUAAUCAGUCGUGUUGUUUGUAAACCGUGUGUCUUGCAGCUACUAACCGCAGCACUGUGAUACACGCGCUGCCAGAAACCGAAUCGCGCUAUCGACGUGCAUGGCACAGGGUACGUUGUUUCUCCACCAGCGGCGGCGCUGUCUCGUCUUCCGACCAUUCCCACACUAGCGCUGAGUUCGGCGAACACCAAUCAAGGCGGUGAAGCCAAUAAUAGGAGCGACCGGGCUUAGCUGACAGCGUGUAAUCGAACCUAUAAAGAUCCCGACUAUCAGUCCAGUCCUGUCUCCCAGAACUUGCCUCGUCUUUGAACAAACUCUCGGAGUGUUAAAAAAAAGAUAUUAAUAAUUUAUGUCGCAAUCACAACAGAAGACUUUCUUUCUUUUUUCCCCUUCUCUGUAUAUAUAGUUGGAUCGAUAAUGGGAGUUAUGAAUGGAAAAUAAAUGACAUUAUAUUUUAGGCGUCCACAAUUUUUUUUCUUUUCUGAAGACGGAGUGAAAAGGUUUUUAAUUUGUUCACAACCUGUUGGAAGAAGAUUGUGGAUCGUUCGCAAAGAUAUCGGAUUUCGUAAAAGAGGUAAUAUUGACUUUGUGACUUUGUGAACGCUCGAAAGAAGUCAGAUUUGUAUAGAGGUGAUAUUUGCAAUAUUUGGCCUUUGUGAACGCUCGAAAGAAGUCAGAUGUGUAUAGAGGUGAUAUUUGCAAUAUUUGGACUUUGUGAACGCUCGAAAGAAGUCAGAUUUGUAUAGAGGUGAUAUUUGCAAUAUUUGGACUUUGUAAACGCUCGAAAGAAGUCAGAUUGGCAAAGAAGUGGUAUUUGGAAUAUUAGGACUUUGUAAACAUUUCAAAGACGUCAGAUUUGCAAAGAGUUGAUAUUUAGAAUACUAAUAUUUGGGCUUCGAGAACGCUUGAAAAAAAGUCAGAUUGGCAAAGAAGUGGUAUCUGGAAUAUUUGAACUUUGUGAACGCUUGAAAGAAGUCAAAUUUGCAAAAGAGGUGGUAUUUUGACUAUGCGGACGCUUUAAAACAUCAGAUUUAAAAAGAGUUGAUAUUUACACUUUGUAAACACUUCAAAGAAUACAGCUUUUUAAAGAGGUGACAUUGACUUUGUGGACGCAUUUUAUAAACUUACUUGCUACUCUGUGAUGUCUAACAUAAAUAACGUGUCGUGUCUGUACACGGCUGAUCUUGUCUCCAUGUACAACAAGAGUGUCUGUAAGUACUACCAUGACCCACCGUCCGAACAGUGCUACGUAUCGGACGACCAUCUUCUCGACUGCAUUUACCAAUUCAUUGAACCGAAACCCGAGGAGUGGGUCUUCACGGUUCUCUACAUGUUCGUGUUCCUGAUCGGAAUUACCGGAAACCUGCUCGUGUGCGUGGCCGUGUGGCGGAACCGUCACCUCAGGACGACCACCAACAUCUUCCUCGUCAACCUCGCCGUCGCAGACUUCCUCGUGAUCAUCCUCUGUCUGCCGCCGUCGUACCUGCAGACGAUGACGGAGACGUGGUUUCUAGGCAACGUAAUGUGUAAAAUCGUCGAGUAUUACCAGACUGUGUCCGUGAUAGUGUCUGUCAUGACCUUGACCGCCAUCUCCGUGGAGCGCUGGUUUGCCAUAUGUCGACCUUUGACCUUCAAGGAAACUCGAAGAAGAGUCGUUGGCGCCCUUAUCGUGAUCUGGGUCACAGCGCAUGCGGCUUCGACGCCGCGUCUUUGGAUUUUCGCCGAGAAACCCGACAACCUGAUUCCUAAAGAGCUGACCAUCUUGAUGACGUCAUGUGGACCUCGAUCGAAUAUGUUUCGACUUGAGUUUAACUUCCACAUGUUUAUGAUCGUAGCCUUCUACAUUCUGCCAAUUCUGGUGAUGGGUUACACGUACGUCGCCAUAGCCAAAUGUCUGUGGUCAAGCACGCGCUCGGAACAGUCACUUACAGAAGUGGGCCAGAACGCCAUGACAGCGCAGGUCAACGCUCGGAGACGGACCGCCAAGAUGUUAAUAGUUGUGGUCAUUGUCUUCAUCCUGUGCUUCCUGCCCUUGUAUAUCUGGAACAGUAUGAGGUAA